AUGGCCACUUUGACGCCUGUUCCUGUCACUUUUUCCAAAGACGAAGUACCAACUAAAAAGAACGUCAGGGACAUUAUAGGCACAUUCCUGACGGAAGAAUGGCGAUCUGUGGAUCCAGAAACCCUGACUAUGUCAUACCAUGCAUCGUUUGUCAACGCCCACUGUCACGUGGAGCGACCGAAGCCCGCUACUGGCACCCCUACUGAGACCUUGAAGGUGUUCAUUAAAUUUCACAAUGACACCGGGAGCUGCCUCGAAAUCUUCAAGCCUUUGGCACCAACCAAGCAUGAGGAAGCACUUCUCUGCUACGAAUACGGUCGAACCGGGCUGGGAGCCAAAGUCUAUGGAUUCUUCAAGACACAAGAUGGCACACUCGGGAGAGUCGAGGAGUUCUUGGAUGCACGUAACAUGGAACCGGAGGAUGUUGAGAAUUCGGUCAUCCGAGCGGAUGUUGCCAGAGGACUGGCGACGUUUCAUGUCUUGAAGAUGUCACUGGAGAAAAAGGCGGUGGAUUUAUAUUAUGAAGCCGUCAUCAAUGGACUCAGGGAUUACCUCAAAAUGGACAAGUUGAAGGCACUUGGAAAAGAAGCAGGUAUCAGUAUCGACAAACUGGUCGACUAUGACUAUGGGAGGAGACUGAGAAAUGUGGUGGACAAGCUGGAAACCACAGGAGGAAAGACUGGAUGGUGUAUUCAUGACAUCCAAUUCAUGAACGUGAUGGUGAAAAGUCAUGUGAAGGAAGGGGAGAGCAAAGUCAUCCUAAUUGACUUUGAGUUCGUAAUGCAGAACUACCGAGCAUUUGACAUUGGUGGGCACUUCAUGCAAAAGAUGUUCAAGUGGUUUGAUGAGGAGAGCAGGAUAGCAGGCUGCAGGAAAUAUACCGAGGACGAGAAGAGACAUUUCUGUGACGAGUAUGCCAGACAGUGGAACAAACUGACCCGGUGA